ACAUGAACGCACCUAACGUACCUAACGGACAAAAAUAGAUCGUUUGACGAGACCGUGAGAAAUCGAUUCUUGAUUUUAGGUUAAGAUUUGUUGGUAUAAAAUGAAAACGUUCUGAUGGGUGUAGUGUCAGUUUUGGGUUAUUGAUGGUAGAAGAGAAACAUCAGUCGAGAUAAUGAAAUUAGUUUUGAUUGGAGCCCUUUUUGGAUUCGUUGUAGCUGAUGUUAGCGAAAUUCUUCGCUCAUCGCAUGGACGAUUCGCAGUAAAAUCCACUCAGUAUGGCUCUCAUCCAAGAUCAAACGUUAGAUCUCAUCAAACUGAGUCAGAAGAAACCCAUCAAUUUGAAACCAUCUUGGUAGAGGAUCCCGUCAGCCACCAAGUGCAGGCCGUCGAUGUGGUAGAAUCAAACGAACCUGCUGUUGCAUUUCAGUUGCAACAGUCGCAUUCCGAUUAUCAGGGACCUUAUCACUACGUGAAACCCAAACUGGUCAACGGAUAUCUGGCGCCGAUUAUCACCACCCAUAGACCCAACGACGUCAAUCCUGGAUUGGCGCCUAUAAUUACGACCCACAGACCCAAUGAUGAGUAUCCAGGGUUGGCCCCUAUGAUUACUACUCACAAACCUAACGACGAAUAUCCAGGGUUGGCUUCUAUCAUUACAACCCACAAGCCCAAUGGGGACUAUCUACCACCGCAUGGACCACGGGACUCUGUUGAUUACAUUGUAGCCAAACGAAGCAUUAAGCUACGAGGAUAAUAAAAUAAUAACUAGUUUAUUCGCACUAGUGUGAUUGAUGAA